AAACCACGGUUCUUAGACUAUACUACGGUAGCCUAAAUCGACUAACCAAUGAACAUUAAGGGCGCGAUUACGUCACGAGAGUUUAGUAAUUUGAAUCAUAAUAUGAUUAAUCGGUAUUUUUUGUAUGGAAAAUAGUAAAGAUAGUUAUGAAAUAAAGAUAUUUAGUGGAUUAUAAUACCUAAUUAUGAAAAACUUUUGAUUUUUGUGUGGUCUGGUACCCCUACCACAGUGGGAUAGAAAUCUUGAGCUUCCCUGGCCCCUUUCGCUUGGAGGUGCUGUGCUAGGUGCUAGUAGUCACAAACACGAAACACAUCAACAAGUCACGUUCGUAAGAGUUCGUUGCGCAUGAUUCAUUUUCCGUCAUUUUGUUUAUGAUUUUGUCCUGUUUUGUUUUUUUUUUUAAAUAGAGGUAAUUUUAUGACCAGUGAUAUGGCUAAGACAGAUAGACUAUUAUUGAAAUGGAACAACAUACAAUAAUAUGUAGAACAUGUUGUGUUGGUGGUUGUGCCUUCUCCACAUCGAUUACGUUUUCCAGAGAUGAAAUGGACAUGUUCUUGGAAGGGUUGAAACUUAUUCAAAUUUUCGUGUUUGUUCUAGGCAUUUUAAAGAAGAUUUUAGGAUACAUGAGAGUUCGAACAAGAGGAAUUACCAAAGGGGCCAUCCCAAGCUCAUUUUUACCACCACUAGGAAUAUGCAAAAGACCUAUGCAUGAGUUAAAAGAAAUGACCAGAGACAGAGAUCUUUUUAGACAGACAAUAUAUGAUAUCACGUCGACCACUACACUCCCUCCUGGGGGUCAGGAUUGAAGAGAGAGAUUAUCAGGAUGAAAAGGCUACUGAAGAAUCUCAAUUUAUUGACAUGCAUGGUAAUAUGUUAUAAAGUACUUCCACUCUAACUUUUCCCAUGCACGAAAUUAUUGACGAACUAGUAUUCAUACAAGGUCUCUUUUUAACUCACAGACACUCUGAGAGUAGUACAUAUCAAUGCCACACAUCAAUGUAUGUUUCGCUUUAUUUUUUGAUAUCAACGCAUGUGAAAAGUCAGAGUGGAAGAACUAUAAAAAUAUACCUUACCUACAUUCUAAAUUGUAAUAAUUUUGCUUUUCAUUCACAGUCAUUUAUUUCGAGCUUCUGUCAUAUGUCCUAUAA